AUGGGGACGAGUGCGAGUACCGCAAUCAUCAUCGUUACUGCAGUGCUCUUCGCCUUCUCGUUAUCCGCCGCGUGUCUCCGGUGUGUCGUGCGUCUGCGUUUGGUCAAGGCUUUCGGAUCCGAUGACAUAUGCAUGAUCAUCGCAAUGGUACUGAAUAUAGGGCUCUUCAUCUGUGGAAUCGUUGGAGCUCACUAUGGGAUGGGUAAAGAUGUGGCUUAUCUAGCUUCCCAUCCGGAAGCCCGUAGGAAAGGGUUCCUGUGCUGGUGGCUGGGGGAGUUGUUCUACGUCUCGACCUGUACAGCAGCGAGGAUAUCUAUAGCACUGACACUGCUUCGCAUUGCCGUUGGACGUGCAUAUUCGUGGGUCCUUUACGCGACCAUGGGCCUGUCGACGGUCGCCGGGACCGUGUUCUUCUUCUUCACCGUCUUCCAAUGCAGCCCCGUUUCUUCUUACUGGAAUCAACCUGAGGACAAAGGGGCAUGCUUGGACAUAGACCUUCUCCUCGGUAUCGUCUACGCAUACAGCGGAGUCGCGAUUCUAUGCGACUUCACAAUAGGUCUGCUUCCUGUUUUUCUCAUUCGAGACCUUCAACUCAGCCGCAGGACAAAAAUCUCGUUGAUGACUGUUCUUGGGAUUGGAUGCAUGUACGUCCAAUUCUUAUUCGUGGAUAUGGAUCCCCUGUGUCUAAUUGCAACCUUUAACAGCGCGGGAGCGGCGGUGAUUGUGCGCAUUCCUUUCCUGCACUUAGCCAAGAGCCCUGACUUUCUUCACGCAACGACACAGAUAUCUAUCUGGUCGAACGCGGAAGCCAAUCUGGGUAUCACAGCGGGGUCCCUAGCGACAGUGAGGCCUCUUAUUCGACGCAUAUCGGAGGCAAUAACCUCCAUAAAGAGCAAGUAUACCCACCUUGCAUUAUCUCAGACCACAUGUACAGCGCCCAACGCUGGCCAGACGAGCUGA